AUGGCUUUAUUAGUAAAUAAAAUAUCAAAUUUAACGAUUAUAGAUGUUGAUAUCAAUAAAUCAUACAAUGAUGAACUUAAAGAAACAGUUAGAAAAGAUAUUUUAUCAAAACUUUCGGAUAAAGAUGUUAUCGUUAAAACCGCUUCAGGAGGUCUUCACAUUUAUUGCAACACUAAUUUCUUCUAUGCAGUUUCGAACAGAAUGAUUAAAUGUUAUUCCUGCAAUGAUUAUGAUAUUGAUAUAAUGACUUCUAUGGAUGAUUCAAAGCGUUCAUUAGUAGUCAUGGCUGAUUCAAGAGUUCGCAAGAAUGCAACAGAACCAAUCAAUACAUACUCAUUCAUUCGUGGAAGUUAUGAUUCAACAUUAACUAGAACAGUGAAUGAUAUAUUAAAUGAUUUGAAUAUUAAGGUAAGAGUUGAACAGAAGAACGAAGAAAUAAAGACUAUCACGAAUGAAAACAAAGAUGUAAACAUUGACGAUAAACUUGCCCAGAGCAUAGUUGAUGGCAUCAGUGAUUUUGAAGUACAUAAUGACGGUGGAAACAUGAAUUUAGAAAAAGAAAUAACAUUAUUCACACUGUUUCAAGCAAUUAAUUCGUUACCUAAUCAUUUAAUUAAUGAAGCAUACGAUAACGUUUAUAACUUCUGCAGCUUAACUGAAAAUGCAAAAAGUAAUUUUGAAAAAGCACGUAGUAGAUAUGCACAUUUAAUGACUUCUCCAUUUGUUUUAGUGAAGAUUCUAAAACUAUACCAAAAGGAAUAUUAUGAUGAAUAUGUUUUACCUUUAUUACGUAAGCCAAAAAUAACAUUUGAUAUCAAACUUGAUGACUCGUUUUUGAUAACGGAUAUUAGACGCAGGGCUGAAAAUCAUCAGUAUAAAAACAGUUCUGAAGUAAUUGAGGAUUUAUCACGUGUAAUCCGUUUUGUAGAUUGUGGAAACAAAUAUUUCAUUCAAAAGGACUAUAAUAUCCACGACAAAAUGAAUCAAAUAUCAUUCGUUCUUCAAUCAAACAUGAAAGAGUCACUUAAAAUGAUUAAAUUAUUUAAAGAAGAAGGUAAAACCAUAACAGCGUGGGAC